UACUCUUGCAAGGCAACUUCUUCAAUGGGCUCAUCCCUUCAUCUAUGAAGGAAUUGAGAGCGAUUCGAGAUUUAGACCUUUCUCGCAACAAUUUCUCAGGAGGUAUUCCACAGUUCUUCGAGGGCUUUGGAAACUUGGAGAAUCUUAACCUAUCCUUCAAUCAGUUUUGGGGAGCUGUACCAACUGGUGGUAUUUUUAAGAAUGCAAGUGCGACUUCAGUUAUUGGAAACACUAGGCUCUGCGGCGGUAUUGCUAAGUUUCAACUUCCGGUGUGCAAGACUAAAGAAGGAGGGUUGUCUUAUAGAAUGAAGUUAAUGAUCUCUCUGGUUUCCGGGUUCACUCUUCUGGGACUGGGUAUGUUGUUGUCUUUUUUCCUUCUUCGUAAGAAAAGGAAAGAAAUUGAAUUGAGCACUUUGGGGAACUCUGUUUUGCAAGUUUCAUAUGCUGCACUUCUAAAAGCUACUGAUGGGUUCUCUUCAGCUAAUUUUAUUGGUGUGGGUGCUUUUGGGUCUGUGUACAAAGGAAUUCUUGCUGAAAAUAGCACUACUGUCGCUGUGAAGGUGUUUAACAUGUUACAUCGGAGAGCUUCUAAGAGUUUCAUCUCCGAAUGUGAGGCAUUGAGAAACAUCAGACACCGAAAUCUGGUCAAGAUUCUAACUGCAUGCUCAAGUAUUGAUUUCAAUGGCAAUGAUUUUAAGGCUGUUGUUUACGAGUUCAUGGACAACGGGAGCUUAGAGGAUUGGUUGCAUCCAUCUACUGGAACCGAAGAGUUAACAGAAGCACCCAAAAGUUUAAAUCUAGUUCAAAGGGUCGACAUCGCCAUUGAUGUUGCUAGUGCAAUGGAUUAUCUUCACAACCACUGUGAAACACCAAUUGUUCAUUGUGAUCUCAAGCCAAGUAAUGUUCUUUUGGAUAGUGACCUGACUGGACAUGUUUCCGACUUUGGGCUGUCAAGGUUUCUAAUAGAACCAACCAAUAAUGUGUCUGGAAAUCAGUCAAGCUCCAUUGGAAUCAGAGGAUCGGUUGGUUAUGCUGCACCAGAGUACGGUAUGGGAAGUGAGGUAUCCACAUACGGGGAUGUUUACAGCUUUGGCAUUCUCUUGUUAGAAAUGUUUAUAGGGAAGAGACCCACUGAUCAUAUGUUCAAUGACAGCUUAAAUCUUCAUAAUUAUGUGAAGACAGCUCUCCCUAAACGUGUUUCAGAGAUCUCAGAAUCACUAAUUUUUCAAGAAGGCACCACCAAUGUGGCUGAAGCUCACAGGCACAGCCGAUUGAGUGUGAGAGCAAAGAAAAUUGAAGAGUGCUUGACUUUGAUACUUGGUAUAGGAAUUGCAUGUUCUGUUGAAUCCCCCACAAACAGAAAAGAUAUCAGUGAUGUUGCAUCCCAAUUGCAAUCCAUUAGGCGCAAUCUUCUCGGCUAGAACUUUCAAAUUAUUAAUGGUUUGAGAUGGCUUUAAUAAAUUGUUGUAUGGUUCUUGUACUCUGAUCUGUUUUGUUUUUGAAUUGUCUCUGAAGUCUU